AAAAAAAAAAAAAAAAAAAGGGAAAUGGAAAACCCAAAAAAGAGACACAAUGUCUGCGCGAGGAAGGAGAGCCAGUGUUAUUAUAUGCGCAGAAAGCGUAAAGCGUUCACCUUACGGCGGGGAUCUUCGCGCGGAUACGAGUUCGGCCUCUGAACACCGCCAGCGAUUUCAGUCCUCUACCCCAAUAUCCCGACGGGCUAUGAAGGAACUAGAAGAUCAAAUCACUGCAUCACUGCAUAGAGUGGGCGCAACUAUGACUACGCUGCGUACACGGCCAACCCUUUGGCCUGGAAAAGCGAAGAUCGCGAUCCUGUCGACGAUGCUUUGCACCAAAAGGCAGGACGCUGAUGCUCUUCGGGAGACUCCCGCUCCUCUCCAUACCCAGGAGAAAGGAGCUUGAAUUGAGAUUUAUAUUUUUGCUUGAGGCGGGAAAGCGGAAAAUGGAGGAUGGUUUAUUCUGGUAUUCCUAUCCUGUCCAUCCAUCUAACCGCCGCUCUACCUCUUUAAUGACCGCCAGCAUUGACUGCCAGCAGCACCAGCUCUCAGAAACGAAGCUUGCCACUCCGCGCCAACUGUCAUCCCGCAAUUAAACUACAACAACCUUUUACGAAGACGAACUCUUGGCCCUGCGGGCCGGUGGGCGGGUCAUUUUCUUCGAUCCUCUUGCUUGAGUUGACCUGUUGAACGAAUAGCCGGCGGAGAAUUCUCAUAGCAAGCUUAUGGUGAUGUUGCCUCGAGCAAUACAUCCCGUGCUGGACACUGAGAAACUGGCUGUCCCUUGAGCAAUGCGUGCAUCGAGCAGCCGCAUCGGAGGAGAUUGGGUUUCGAAGAUUCAGGGCCACAGAUUCCUCUUCUACUGGCCCUCACCCUGGUUGGGGUCCGAGGACGGCGCGCAGUGGAGCUAUAUUCGCAUAGGGCGGGUAUCGAUUCGAUGUGGGGGAUACGGGAGACGCAGGGACGAAGCUGAACAAUUUCUAUUGGGCAAUGUUCUUUCUAUGUAGCGGUAUGGAUCCGUCUGUUGGGGCCAAAUAUAAUAAUAAGUUAACUAAUAAUAAUGAAGCUUAUAUCACAGG